AUGUUGUCCCGGGCUCUUGCGCCGCUUCUGGCUGUAAUUGGCGCUGUUCAAGCCAGUUUACAGAUCGUGCCCGGUGGCACGUGGACGACUUCGAACAAUGAACAUCUCCAAGCCCAUGGCGGAGGGCUCAUCAAAGUCAAUGAUACGUACUUUCUCAUGGGCGAGGACAAGACCUCCGGCUCUGCCUUCCAGAACGUGAACUGCUACUCGUCGCAGGACUUGGUGGUGUGGACUUAUGUAGGCGCCCUGCUCUCACGGACGGGCAGCGGAGACCUGGGGCCCAACCGGGUCAUCGAGCGGCCCAAGGUCAUCUACAACGACAAGACGCGCAAGUACGUCCUGUGGAUGCAUGUGGACAGCAGCAACUACGGCGAGGCAAAGGUCGGGGUCGCCACCGGCGACACGGUGUGCGGAAAGUACGAGUACAAGGGCAGUUUCCAGCCGCUGGGGAAGCAGAGCAGAGACAUGGGACUGUUCAAGGACGAUGAUGGGAAGGGCUACCUGCUGACUGAGGACCGUCAGAACGGUCUCCGCAUCGUUGCUCUUUCGGACGAUUACCUUACGGUAACCACCAACACCUACCUGUGGAAAGACAGCAUCGAGGCCCCAGCGCUCCUGAAGCUCGGCGGGCGCUACUACAUGUUCGGCUCCAAGCUGACGGGCUGGGAUCCGAACGACAAUGUGUACUCGACCUCGACCUCGCUCUCCUCUGGCUGGUCGGCCUGGAAGACGUUUGCCGAUUCCGGGAGCAAGACGUACACCAGCCAGACAAACUUCGUGCUCAAGACGGGCGAAAGCAGCGCUGUGUACCUGGGCGACCGCUGGGUGAGCAAGAACCUGAUGGCCAGCACAUACGUAUGGUUGCCAUUGUCCAUCAGCGGGACCAGCGUCAGCAUGAAGAACGCCGUGUCGUGGGUGCCGAACCUGGGCCCGGGCGCCGGGGGCCAGUGGGCAGCGCCGCCGGCCGAGACGUCGUACGAGGGCGAGGCGGCGACGUACGGCGGCAAGGCCCGCGACGUCGACUGCGCCAGCUGCUCGGGCAAGAAGGCGGCGGGCUACGUGGGCGGGCCGGACCGGGGCACGGUCACGUUCGCCGGGGUGCGCAGCGACGGGUCUGCCGGCGGCGCCGCCACGACGGUGCGCAUCAAGUACGUCAACGGGGACAGCAAGGUGCGGUACGCCAACGUGCGCGUCAACGGCGACGCCGGGCGCAGGGUCGCGUUCCUGCCCAGCUCGGGCGACCCGGCGUCGUCCACCCUGCAUGUGCAGCUGCGCACGGGGGCGACGGCCAACACGAUCGUGAUCGAGGGUGUGGGCGACGGCUGGGGGCCGGAUAUAGAUCGCCUGAUGGUGCCGGUGAGUUGA